UGUGGGUGACAGUCUGAGACCUCGCCGCCAAGCUGGGAACCGGAGAGAUGGCAGAGACUGACCCCAAGACCGUGCAGGACCUCACCUCGGUGGUGCAGACACUCCUGCAGCAGAUGCAAGAUAAAUUUCAGACCAUGUCCGACCAGAUCAUUGGAAGAAUUGAUGAUAUGAGUAGUCGCAUUGAUGAUCUGGAGAAAAACAUCGCAGACCUCAUGACACAGGCUGAGGUGGAAGAACUGGAAGGAGAAAACAAGAUACCUGCCACACAAAAGAGUUGAAGGUUGCUAAUUACCCUGAAAUCUGGAACACCAUUUUUCCAAGCCAAGAGAAGACUGAAUGGCUUUUUGCAACUAACUACUACUAAGUGUAGACAGGUUUUAUAUUAUAGUGCAUUCUUAUCACAUAUAAUAAGUUUUUAGAGUGAUUUUUCUCUCCGGUUUCUGGAACAUGGUAUCUUCACAUCUUGAAACUUGGUCAGUUGUGCUCUUAAUUAUUAAACACUAAAAUUUUGGCAGUUCCUGCAUAAAAUUGUCAAACUUUUUAGUGUAUUUUUGUGAAGUCCUUUUUUCCUGCCA